GAAAUCAUCUUCUUCUGUUGAUACGCCUGUAACUCACGGUGGUGGUGGCGCGGGUUCUACAGGUGGCCUUUCAUCCACUUCGCAGGGUAAUUCCCAAGAAGGAGUUUCUCCAGAAGAAGGACCAAAGUCUCAACACUCUUCAUCGCUUGAAGAAAAGGCGGCAGUGGUAACCCCCGCUGUAGUGAAACCAACAAAAAAUUCUGCCCCAGCAGGGGGUGAAAGAGUUGAAAACGACGCCCAGUCGCGUGCGGAUGAUCAACCCCGUUCAGACGAAUCAACCAAAGGAAAAGGGAAUUUGGAACCCGCCGAAGCAAGAACAUUACCAGGGAACACAAUUCAGACACUGCAGGGCGGUGAGAGGGCCGUACCUGACGCAUCUAAAGCAACAAAGUCGGAGCCCAAAACUCAACAACAAACAGAACCACCAGUGGAUAAGAAUGACAGUCACAACACGCAUGCAUCCGCAAAGUUACCUGACGUGCCAAAAGGAAACAAUGCGAAGGAAGGAAACAACGAGGAACCUGCACAUACACCAGUUACACCGCAGAGUACAUCAACUGGCAUCCAACAACUGGCAGCUGUGUCACCUUCAACUGGAACUCCUAAACCUAACGAGGAAAAAUCCACAGUGACGAAGGAAACUGAGGAUCCUCAAAAAUCAGAUACUGCAGACACAGAAAAACGCCAAAAUGGCGAUAAUGAAAAGAUCGACGACAGCGACAGCAGUACAGUCAAAAUGAGUGAGGCAGCACCACAAAAAGCAGAAACAAUCACCGCUGCUCAAACAAAUAACACGACGAGGCCUGGCGACAGUGACGGCAGCACCGCGGUCUCCCACACCACCUCCCCUCUUUUGCUUCUUCUUCUUGUUGUUGCGUGUGCGGCUGCUGCUGCGGUGGUGGCCGCGUGA